GUCUGGCCACAUUGACUUUUGCCACACUCGACAGUGACCUGUACUUCCUGAAACAUCCACAAGCAGGGAUAGGCGAACACGCCAACUUCAGUUUCUUGCUUUCCCAAUCUUCAGUUCUCCACAUUUCCAUAUCCGUGGUUUUUCUUCUUCUUUUUUUAAAAAAGUGCUCAUGAAAAUUCACCAGCAUUUUAGUCCAUUUCCUCCCCCUGAAAUUAGCAUUUUUGCAAAGCAUUUUCCCCUAAUACAAUGCAUUUUUGUAUGAUACGUUCACCAUUAUGUGCAUUAACUGUAUGCGUUUUUGUAGACGUUACUUGGAUGUGCAUUGCAAAAUUCGGAGAGGUGUGAUUUUGAAGGAAGGGCGGUGUUUCACUUCAUCUGUUGUUUUGGAAAGUGUGAAUUAGUGAAGGUUGUCCAUAAAUAUGAACUGCAGGCAAAUUCUCCCCCAUCCCUUCCCACGAAGGCUGAGGAAGGAGGUUUAAGAGUCCCACCCUAGAGUCUUCCACAACCUUUCCAUGAACUACCUGCUUGGAGCUUACGCCAUUCCUCUGGCCACAGUCAGAGAACCUCUUGCUAGAGCAAAGCAAGACUAAACAGAACCCAGCCGAAAAGCCCAGACCUGACCUGGUGUUACACCACCCACAGAAUUGUCUCUUAGGAUUCCACUUUUGAUUCUUCCUGUCGGGUCUGUUUCUAGCCUUAUAUGGCGUUUGUCAAAUUGCUCUUAGUCAAGAUGCAACUGUUUCCUCUUUCCGCCUUCCUUCUCUAAUUAUACACACACACUAACGAUUCUCAUGUGCGGAAGUCGUUCUGAGCAGGACGACUCGGGCUGUAAUCCUACUGGACCGUAAGUCCCACUGAAGACGGUGAGGGUUUACUUCUGAGUAAACAAGCAUACAAGUGCGCUGACGGUGCAAUCUGCAAGAGGCAGCCUUUCCACAAGGCUGGAGGGUAGGACUCGAACCCAUGGCUUCAAGUUACAAGAAAGGAGAUUCCGGCUAAACACCAGGAAGAACUUUAUGAUAGUUGAGAAGCCAUGGCUUAUCAGAGUUUCCUGCUGGAGCCAAUCAGCUGUCAUGCCUGGAACAAGGACAGAACCCAACUUGCCAUCUGUCCCAACAACCACGAAGUUCACAUCUACAAGAAAGACGGGACAAAGUGGAGCAAAGUCCAUGAGCUGAAGGAGCACAACGGGCAGGUGACAGGCAUUGACUGGGCCCCUGACAGCAACCGCAUAGUGACCUGCGGGACAGACCGCAACGCUUACGUGUGGUCCCUGAAGGGCAAUGUGUGGAAGCCGACGCUGGUCAUUCUGCGGAUCAACCGCGCUGCUCGCUGUGUGAAGUGGUCUCCCAAAGAGAACAAGUUUGCGGUCGGCAGCGGCUCGAGGCUCAUCUCCAUCUGCUACUUUGAGCAGGAGAAUGACUGGUGGGUUUGUAAACACAUCAAGAAGCCCAUUCGAUCGACAAUCCUUAGCCUUGACUGGCACCCUAACAACGUUCUCUUGGCGGCUGGAUCCUGCGAUUUCAAAUGCAGGAUUUUCUCUGCUUACAUCAAAGAGGUUGAGGAGCGGCCCUCGCCAACCCCCUGGGGAUCCAAGAUGCCGUUUGGAGAGCUCAUGUUUGAGUCGGGCAGCAGCUGCGGCUGGGUCCACAGCAUCUGCUUCUCUGGGAGUGGCAGCCGCGUGGCAUGGGUGAGCCACGACAGCACCAUCUGCCUUGCGGAUGCCAACAAGAAGAUGGCGGUGGCCUGCCUGUCCACGGAAACUCUGCCUCUCCUGGCCGUCACGUUCAUCACAGAGAACAGCCUGGUGGCCGCGGGCCACGACUGCUGUCCGAUGCUGUUCACCUACGAGGAGCAGCAGGGCACACUGAGUUUCGGGGGGAAGCUGGAUAUCCCCAAGCAGGGCGCCCAGCGUGGCCUCACAGCUCGCGAGCGCUUCCAGAACCUGGAUAAGAAAGCCAGCUCUGAUACCACCACCAACGCCACUCUGGACACGCUCCACAAGAACAGCAUCAGCCAAAUUUCUGUGAUUGCUGGUGGGAAAGGCAGCUGCUCCAAGUUUUGCACCACAGGAAUGGACGGAGGGAUGAGCCUGUGGGACAUCAAAAGCUUGGAGUCUGCUAUGAAGGGCCUGCGGAUCAAGUAAAAAAGGACGGCUGAAGAAUUAUUCAUCUCAGCAGCGCUUCCGUCUCGCUGGCGUCUGGGGUGGGCUGGGCAGAAGACCCCUGACUACCAGCUUUUGCUUCCUUACCCGAUGCAACCUGCUUCAUUCCUGCAAUCCCACAUACCUAAAAUGACAAUCCCACCAGCUACAAGUUGGGCAGAUUUUCUGUGUCGCGUGCACCAGUGGAAAACCAGUUGAUAACUGUUAACCGUGUUCAAUAAAGAGAUGGUGGUCACAGUUAGCAUGGCAAAACUUCCAUCUCCGCCUUUCCUACCACCAGGAGAGACCAUCAGAACCCUAACCAUGUCCGCUCAAAAGCAAAUCCUAGCAAAUGGUUGUUUUUAUCUUUAGCAAUUUUUUCCGCCAGUUUUCUGGGGACAGACAUUAAACCAACCAGCCUGUAAUUUCCAUCCUCUUUUUAAAAUUGUGUUACAUUUACUGCUUUCCAGUCCUCAUGUAUGGAGGUUGAGCUGAAAGAAAAAUUGCGUAUUUUUCUUAGCUCAGCAAUUCCGCAUUUGAAAUUUUUGAGAACUCUUAGGUGGCUGCCAUCCGAACCUGGUGACUGAUCACUUAUCUCCCCCCCACCCCCCAGGCCUAGAAUAUUAUCUCUCAUUGCCACUAUCUGCCCUUGUUCCCCAAGCAAUGGGAUCUGCCUCAUCUGUUCUGUUGUGAAGACAGAUGCAAAUAAUUCAUUCAGCUCCGCUGUAAUCUCCUCCUCUUCCCUUGUCACGCCUUUGACUCCCUUGUCGUCCAAAGGUGCAGCGGCCUCUCUAGAUGGCUUCCUGCUAUGAAUAUAGUUAAAGAACUACCUGUUGCUGGUCUUGAGUGCUUUUUAAGAGUGCUAGUAUGGUGCCGCUGACUCGAUAUCCAAUACUAGUCCUACUCAAGAGUGGACCCAUUGAAAUUGGACUCAACGGGUCCAAUAAUUUCACUGGGUUUACUCCAAAGUAGAACGACCCCAUCUCUUUCCUGGGGUAGUUUUCUGUCUGCAGAUAUGUCGUUAUGAAGAGGGUUUCUCAGAACUAGACCACUACCACGGUCUGAAGCAGUGCAUGCCCAAUUCGAAUAGGCUAGGCAAAGAGUGGGGGACGAGUUGGCUCCUUUCUUCCCACCAGUCGCAGCUUGCAUGAGCCACAGUAGUUUCUGCAGGCCCAUGUCCUGCCUCACUGAAGGCUGUGGAACUCAUUCCUCAGCGCCAGUAGGGGGCGGGCCAGCCACAGCUGCUUCUACAGAAGACAAGGCACGGAAGGCAUUUUACGAUAAUUUAAACUUUAUUCAGCCAAAUAUACAAGUUUUGCUUCCAAUUUGCAUCUGUUCCAACAUGUUGCACAAUCAAGAAAAGAGUUCUCUGGUUUUGCAGGGAUGUGUUUUGUUUUUUUGCACUUAAAAAGUCACUAUCACAUUUCAGAGGAGAAGGGAAGAUAUUAAGGGUGGCUUCUUUUUUUUAAAAAAAAAAGGGGGGGGAGAGAAAGGUAGAAAGUGGAAAUAAAAAGACCAGAACAGCCACACGG